GCUUCAAAGUAAAGCCCAUUGGCGCUCCAAAUUCGGGGCCCGCUUAAACGGGGCAAAACGAAACCAAUCCACCCGUUGACCCGGUUUCUGCCCUACCCACACUCUCAAAUAUCUUCUUCAUCUCUCCAUCUACAUAUCAUUUCUUCUAGGCCGAAAGUUUUAUUCUUUCUGCUUCCUUUUUCGUUUCUCUACGCGUUUCUCUGCUUCACCGCCUCUUUCUCCCCGAGAUCCCUAUCUAUUCUUCUCCUCUCCUCUUUCUCUAAAGUUGAAUAAUGUCUGAGGAGUUGGAAUAUCGCUGCUUUAUUGGUGGCCUAUCAUGGUCAACAUCUGAUAGGGGUCUAAAAGAUGCCUUUGAGAAGUUUGGAAAGCUUGUUGAGGCCAAGGUGGUUGUUGAUAAGUUCUCUGGGCGAUCUCGUGGGUUUGGGUUUGUAACCUUUGAUGAUAAGAAAGCUAUGGAUGAGGCAAUUGAAGCAAUGAAUGGGAUGGAUUUGGAUGGACGAACCAUUACUGUUGAUAAGGCUCAGCCUCAUCAAGGAGGUUCUGGUAGGGAUUAUGAUGGUGACCGCAACCGUGAUCGUGACCGUGGACGUGACCGUGGCCGUGAUCGUGAUUCUGGGCGUGGUAAUGGUGGUGAGUGCUUCAAGUGUGGUAAACCUGGACAUUUUGCCCGAGAGUGUCCUGGUGAAGGUGGAAGAACAAGCAGCAGAUAUGGGGGUAGUGGAGGAGGUGGUGGUGGUGGUGGUAGAGAUGAUAGGUAUGGUGGAAAUGGUGGUGGCAGUCGUUAUGGUCCUGACCGCAAUGGGGAUCGAUCUUCUGGUGGGCGUAGAGAAGGUGGUAGCCGUGGAGGUUCUGGUUCUGAUCGAUUUAGUCGCGAUCGUUCUGGACCAUAUGAGCGUCGUAGCACAGGAGGAGGUUUUCGUUCCGGAUCUUAAUUGCUUCUAAUAGUGUUAAAGAACUUCUGGUGCUGCUGGGACUGGAUUCACCAUCACUCUUGGAAAAGUGUUCGAGCUUCUUUUUGCAGGGUGUGUUCAUGUGAUGAUUGUCUGGGGGAAUCAGUGUAGUAAAUCCGAACUUGAAAUGCGAACUUGGCACAAAUGUUCAACUGUUUUUGUUCCUAAAUGCUCAAAUUUGCUGUUUUCGUCCUAUGCAAAUCUUAUGCUUGCUUGAUA